CUCCCGUUCUGACGUCAUUGACGUGUGAGCGAGCUCGCGAGCCCUAUCCAGGCAACCGGGAGCUGAGGCGCUGUCGUAUCCCCGCCGCCCCGGACUAAAGUCCAUUGUAAGCGAGAGCUGUGCUUCCACCGAGCGAUGCUAGCGCUGCUCAACGCUGCCUCUGCCGCCGCCGCCCAGUAACGUAGCAAGACAGCCGACAAGCGAGGACCCUCAGGGACCGUGAUUUACCGGACAGACGGACGCCGAGACCACAGCCUAUGGUUUUGGUUGGUUUUAACGCUGUAGCAGUGCCACAUCCCGGUUUGAUUUGAGCCAGAGGGAGCGAGCCGCCGUGAGAGCCAGAUAAAUACAGGAAUACAGGGAUCGAAAGGGAUCUAACUGCGGAAAGGGUGUCAGAGAAAACAAGCAUCUUGGCCAUUCUGUGUUUCCGCACACAACUCCCUGUGAUUCUACGUUUCUUUUUUUUUCUUCUUUUUUUUUUGGAUCCCGGAAACGGUAACGCUACCAAGCUGUGUUCGCUAACCAUGGGAUGUACCCUGAGCGCAGAGGAGAGGGCGGCUCUGGACCGGAGCAAAGCCAUCGAGAAAAACCUGAAGGAAGAUGGUCUCACUGCGGCCAAGGACGUCAAACUACUGCUGCUUGGGGCCGGGGAGUCAGGGAAAAGCACCAUCGUCAAACAGAUGAAGAUCAUCCACGAGGACGGUUUCUCAGGCGAUGAUGUAAAGCAGUACAAGCCUGUUGUCUAUAGCAACACCAUCCAAUCUCUUGCUGCCAUCGUCCGUGCCAUGGAUACGCUGGGCCUGGAAUAUGGGGACAAAGAGCGCAAGGCGGAUGCUAAGAUGGUGUGUGACGUGGUCAGUCGUAUGGAAGACACCGAGCCCUACUCACCUGAGCUGCUUUCUGCCAUGAUGCGUCUGUGGUCUGACUCCGGCAUUCAGGAGUGUUUCAGCCGUGCCCGAGAGUAUCAGCUCAACGACUCAGCGCAGUACUAUCUAGACAGCCUAGAUCGGAUUGGUGCACCAGACUACCAGCCAACAGAGCAAGACAUUCUCAGAACCCGAGUGAAGACUACAGGCAUUGUUGAGACACACUUUACCUUCAAAAACCUCCAUUUCAGGCUGUUUGAUGUUGGUGGCCAGCGGUCGGAGAGGAAGAAGUGGAUUCACUGUUUUGAAGAUGUGACAGCCAUCAUCUUCUGUGUGGCCCUUAGUGGAUACGACCAGGUGCUGCACGAGGAUGAGACUACAAACCGCAUGCAUGAGUCUCUGAAGCUGUUUGAUUCCAUAUGUAACAACAAGUGGUUUAACGACACCUCCAUCAUCCUCUUCCUCAACAAGAAGGACUUAUUUGAGAUGAAGAUCAGCAAGUCGCCACUGACCAUCUGCUUCCCUGAGUACAACGGUCCUGAAACUUAUUUGGAGGGUAUAGCCUAUAUCAAGUCUCAAUAUGAGAGGAAGAACAAGUCACUCCAUAAAGAGGUCUACUCCCAUGUGACCUGCGCUACAGAUACCAACAACAUCCAGUUUGUCUUUGACGCUGUCACUGAUGUCAUCAUAGCUAAUAACCUCCGAGGAUGUGGCUUAUACUGAUGAUGCUGUUAUGUUAUGGCGUACGAGCUUUGAGGGUGUAACAUGCACUGAUAACAUUAUCGCAUGGUAACAGAAACAAUGAAUGUGUGGACCACAUUAUUUAUGCCAUCACAUGCUAGCAAGUAACCAAUAAAAUGUAGUCUGUACCGAUGAUGUCAUCAUACUGCAACCUUGUGACUUCACAAGGCCCUUCUCCUGUACUGUGAACACCUUCAUUGAUUCAAGGUUGAUGAUAGAUGCUGAAAAAACUCAGUCAACCGUUCAGUCAGUCUCCCAUCACUUCAUGUGAUUGUUAUACACCAACCACAUUUUGGCUCUUCCCUACUAUCUUCUCACACUCUUCCAUCACAUUGUGUUCUACCCAUUCCAUCCUACUUCUGCUCUUCCCUUUCCUAAGCCUACUUGGGGCAUGUCUAUGUGCUCCCAGUGAUGGGCUAGCAUCCUUAGUACCCAGUGCACUUAGAAAUGACCAAAUAAUGUAUUCAGCUCUAACCAUGUCAGGUACAUCAGCGGCUGCCCUGACCAACAAGCAGUACAUCCAUUAUUACCCUUCCAUAUCAACAGAAUUACCACCUAGUCUAAGGGGGGAAACAAUCAGGUGUCCAAUGGGUACCUACAAUUGCAUAUAUCAUCAAAUCUGAUUUUAAGUUUGUCUAUUUUUGCCUCUGAUGUAAAGCGCCCAAGUAUUUAGAAAAGAGCUGUAAUAAGUCUGACAUAUUAUUAUUGUUGUUAUUAUUAUUAUCAUUAUUAUUAAGAGUACAAUCUCUUUUUCAGGUGUAUCUAAAGUUUAUGUAUGUGGUUGGUGUCCUGCAGAAAUCUUAUACACUCACAGGAAACUCAGAUGUGUAUGUAGGACCAGUUGCUGUACACUGUGUCCUGUUCAUGAACUAGAACGAGGAAAGGUUUAUUUAGCGGCGGUCAUAUGGGGUUCCAAAUGCAGUCUUUAUAUACGCUUCAUAAAAUAACGGUUUCCACUCGAAUUCGAGUUCUCAUUCUGCUUAUUUGCACAACACAGGAGUGUUAGGUUGUAUCAUAAUUUACUAUUCAGUGUCUCUUGAUUGGCAUUGGUUUGAGUUUACUAUCAAUUCAUUUCAUUCAGUGAGAAGAGAAGAGAAAUGAAGUUUUUGACUUGAAAAAAAUGUUAUGUAGAACUCAUUGAUAGCUGAGCGAAAGUAAAUAUGGUAUCAUGAGAAAAUUGAUUGUUUCUAUAGUUUAAAUUGUUUAAUUAGAUUCAAUUAAGAAUGAGAUUUACUACUGAUUUUAACACAAAUAAUCCCUGUAUGUGCCUUUACUAUUGUUUGAUUGUCAAUUGGAUCAGAGCGCUUUAGAAACACUACACUGGACUUUUUUAUUGCAGUUUUUGCUAAGCAGAGCGCAUAGAACAUAAUGACACUUGGCUGAUCAUCCUGAUUCAGCAGGAUUUUAUGGCUCUAUAAGUGACAUCCUGUUUAUUCAUCUCAUCCUAUCAUCUUCUGGCUACAGAGAAUCAUGCUUCAUGUCACCUUUCAUGCACUUAAGUCCUCUUCAUUUCAGUUCCCUCAAAACAACGGGGUCCUCGGAGUGAAUGUGGGUACACUGAAAAGCAAUGACAGUUUAGACUGAUGCUGUUUCCCUGUAUGAAAAUGCAUGACUGCAAUACAUACCGUUCAGUUGUUCUGCAACCGUGUCAGGUCUCUUUUCUAAUAACUACAUUUUAACUUGACCAGUUGUACAGUUCAGACUAAAAAAAAAAAGCACAACACACCCACUGAAAUAAACACACAAUAUUUUACAUAAUAUUUUAUAUUGAAUUUGACUGUAUUCUUUAGAAGGCCAUCUGUAAUCUGAAGACUGGUCUGGUCCUGUGUAAUGUCUGUCAGGGUCUCACGUUGAAUCAUUUGAGGUACAUAACUACCUCAAACCUCUGUAAACUACAGGCCUAACAAUUCUAAGAUACUUGAUUUUUGUA